AUGUCGUUGGUGGUCAGUGACGUCGCGAGGCUGCCUCUGCCCGAUGUGUUUCACUGCAGCGUAUCAGUGAAGUUUGGCCGGGCACUAGGCAAGAGCAGGACGUCAGUGGGCGAGGCAGUCCUGUUUUCAAUGCGACCAAUUGAUACGUUCAAUAUAAUGACUGCGACAGUCCUUGACAUCGUCGACAACAUGGUUGCAACCCAACAUUCCACUCCGAACCGCGACAAGCUUCAAUGGGGACCGCACGUACCAUUCGAUGUGUAUACAAAGGUUGCGAUAAACGCCCCACAAAGCAAGUAUGUUCGACUAUCCGUGGACAACUUCAACGACACCAUCGCAAGAAUUUGGGACAACGCUGGCAAAACACGCCUUGGACAAGCUGCAUUUGUUUUGCAGCUUUUCGUUUACAUCGAAAAACACGUCGAAAUUGGCAUUCGUCGUGCAACAUAGCAGAACAUACAAUCGUCUGCGGUUCGUGUAGCUGAGCAUGUUCGCCAGCAUGACGUGAGCCUUGGAUAAUUACAAAGUCAAUACGCAAGUAUUUGCACGGCCCGACUCCCUACAAGCGCUCCCGUCGAAAUACCGGCAAAUGCUACGAUGGAGCAGCUUGGCCACAUCGACCAAAUGACGCAGCACCACGUAGAGCAGCGCGAAAACGUCAUCAGGGGGGAAGCUGAAGCUUACCGCUGCGUGCGCAUUCGGAUUGGAUCGCUGGCCAGCGCGCCACUUGACUGUUUUUUUUGCGUCAGUGACCUCAGAAACAUUCUCGGCCUACCACCGUACCCCUUGAUGCCUGCAUUUCGUGAGCCUCUAGUAGGUACACGUGCACCUCGUGUUAAUAUAGACGAUGUUGAC